UGUUGCUAUGCAACGGUGCUGCAAGCGACACACAGGCUGUCUCUCAUAUUGUCUCCUUUUUCUAAACAUUAUUCAGGAAUCCAGCCAUGCCUCUUCCAGACACAAUGUUCUGUGCCCAGCAAAUUGACAUCCCUCAAGAACUGCCAGACAUCCUGAAAAGCUUCACCAAGGCCGCCAUCCGUACGCAGCCCGAGAACCUGCUGCUGUGGUCUACAGCAUACUUCACUGCGCUGUCUAAAGGAGAGCGUCUGCCUGUGAAGGAUAGGCUGGAGAUGAAUGUCACCUAUAAGACGGACAGCAGGAUGACUCCUGGUCUUCUAAAGACUCUCCAUAAACAGCUAUCCAUCAGGGAAACGUGCAGCGAGGAGGAACUGCGGGAGAAAUGGAGGGGUCUGUGUCUACCCACGGUUGAGCUGGAGACCCUGCUGUCGCUGGGCAGUUUUGGCUCAGACAUCAAUUGGAUGGAGUUUUUUGCCCUGGGCUGCAGUUCUCUGGGAGUGACGCUCAUGAGUUCCCUCAAGGUUGCUUGCGAGCUCCUGACGGAGGACGAGGAGGGCGGCCCUGCGAGGAUCCCGUUCAACACCUUUGUUAAACUCUACACCUACCUGGCUCACCUGGAAGGGGAUAUGCCACAAGAUCACAUCGAAAACUUCCUUCGCAGCCUGCAGGCACAAGUCAACAAGCAGGGCAACAUGAUUCAGGUUUCCAACUUCUACAUCGGCAGGAAGUGA